CCCGCCGCCGCCGCCGACAGUCCUCAAACCAAUAUGGGCCGUGUACGUACCAAAACCACGAAGAGGGCCUCUCGCGUUCUCAUCGAGAAAUACUAUCCUCGUUUGACCCUCGACUUUCACACCAACAAGCGUAUCAUCGAUGAAGUUGCUGUUGUCCCCUCAAAGCGCCUCCGCAACAAGGUUGCCGGCUUCACGACCCAUCUGAUGAAGCGUAUUCAGAAGGGUCCUGUGCGCGGUAUCUCUUUCAAGCUGCAAGAGGAGGAGCGUGAAAGGAAGGAUAACUAUGUGCCAGAGGUUUCUGCCCUUGACACUAGUGUCUCCGGCCUUGAAGUUGAUCCUGACACCAAAGAGCUUCUUCAUGCGCUAAACUUUGACUCUGUCCAAGUCAACGUCGUCGUGCCUGUUGUCGCUCUUCCGGAGCGAGGCCCUCGUCGUGACCGCCGCAAUGUUCCCGGCGCUGGCCGGUGAUUCCGUAGUCGUUUAUGACACUCCAUGUAUCAUCCAUGGCGACGCUAUGCAUAUCGCUGAUUUCUGGGCUCGGUAUUCGUGAUCAUAAUGGCGCAACGCAAGCAGCGCCAACACUUCGCGCUACGCUGUGUGCUCAUAAUACUAUCACGUAGACCCUCAUUC